CAGUGGACGAAGCUGUACCCUUCAUUUUAUGCUAUAUUCUAUCGAGCUUCAAGUAUUUUAGAAAGACCAUUCAAUUGACUUUCCGAUCCUUCAGUCCCGUCCAAUUCACACAAACCCACAUUCACAUCACAAUGGCACCAUCAAACAUGCAAGCCAUCAAGGUCGUCGAGGCCAAGAAGGCUGAGAUCCAGAGCGUUGCUGUCCCUAAGCUCCGCGACGACUAUGUUCUCGUCAAGGUCGAGGCUGUUGCUUUGAACCCUACCGACUGGAAGCACAUUGACUACCUCGCCAACCCCGGCGCCACCGUUGGAUGCGACUACGCUGGCGUUGUCGAGGAGGUCGGUUCGGCUGUCCAGAAGAAGUUUUCCAAGGGCGACCGCAUUGCUGGUUUCUCACACGGUGUCAACUCUGCCAACAAGGAGGACGGAUGCUUUGCACAGUACGCUCUUGCCAAGGGUGACGUUCAGAUGAAGGUCCCCGAGUCCCUCUCGACCGAGGACGCUGCCACUCUUGGUGUUGGUGUUACCACCGUUGGUCAGGGUCUUUACCAGAGCUUGAAGCUCCCCCUUCCCACCGAGCCCGCUAAGCAGCCCUUCCCCGUCCUCAUCUACGGUGCUUCGACUGCCACCGGUACCCUCGCCAUCCAGUACGCCAAGCUCUCCGGCCUCGAGGUCAUCGCCAUCUGCUCCCCUCACAACUUCGACCUCGUCAAGUCUCUGGGCGCUGAUGCGGCAUUCGACUACAAGGAUCCCGAAUGCUCGGCUAAGAUCCGCGAGCACACCAAGGACAACCUCAAGCACGUCUUUGACUGCAUCGCCGAGGGCAGCUCACCCGAUAUUUCCGCCAACGCCAUCUCAAGCAAGGGUGGUGUUAUCUCAUACCUUCUCCCUGCCAAGUCAUCUCGCGAGGAUGUCGAGGACAAGAGCACUCUGGGUUACACUGUUGUUGGCGAGGCCUUCAGCUUCGCUGGUAACCCCAUCCCCGCUAAGCCCGAGGACUUUGAGUUUGGCAAGAUGUUCUGGGAGUUGGCCGAGAAGCUGUUCGCAGAGGGUAAGGUCAAGGCUCACCCCAAGGAGGUUCGUAGCGGUGGCCUCGAGGGUGUCUUUGGCGGCCUCGAGGACCUGAGAACCGGCAAGGUCUCUGGUACCAAGCUCGUCUACAAGAUCUAAGCACAUUUUGGUCUAGUGUAAAUAACGACAU